AUGGGUAAAGAUAAGGCUCACAUUAACGUUGUUGUUAUCGGUCACGUCGAUUCUGGUAAAUCUACUACCACCGGUCACUUGAUUUACAAGUGUGGUGGUAUUGACAAGAGAACUAUUGAAAAGUUUGAAAAGGAAGCUGCUGAAUUAGGUAAAGGUUCUUUCAAAUACGCCUGGGUUUUGGAUAAAUUAAAGGCUGAAAGAGAAAGAGGUAUCACUAUUGAUAUUGCUUUGUGGAAGUUUGAAACUCCAAAAUACCAUGUUACCGUUAUUGAUGCUCCAGGUCACAGAGAUUUCAUCAAGAAUAUGAUUACUGGUACUUCUCAAGCUGAUUGUGCUAUUUUGAUUAUUGCUGGUGGUGUCGGUGAAUUUGAAGCUGGUAUUUCCAAGGAUGGUCAAACCAGAGAACACGCCUUGUUGGCCUACACUUUGGGUGUCAAACAAUUGAUUGUUGCUAUUAACAAGAUGGAUUCCGUUAAAUGGGAUGAAUCUCGUUUCCAAGAAAUUGUCAAGGAAACCUCCAACUUUAUCAAGAAGGUUGGUUACAAUCCAAAGAAUGUUCCAUUUGUUCCAAUUUCUGGUUGGAACGGUGACAACAUGAUUGAAGCCACCACUAACGCUCCAUGGUACAAGGGUUGGGAAAAGGAAACCAAGGCUGGUGUCGUCAAGGGUAAGACUUUGUUAGAAGCUAUUGAUGCUAUUGAAACACCAUCCAGACCAACUGACAAGCCAUUGAGAUUGCCAUUGCAAGAUGUCUACAAGAUUGGUGGUAUUGGUACUGUGCCAGUCGGUAGAGUUGAAACCGGUGUUAUCAAGCCAGGUAUGAUUGUCACUUUUGCCCCAGGUGGUAUCACUACUGAAGUCAAAUCUGUUGAAAUGCACCACGAACAAUUAGAAGAAGGUGUUCCAGGUGACAAUGUUGGUUUCAACGUCAAGAACGUUUCCGUUAAGGAAAUCAGAAGAGGUAACGUCUGUGGUGACUCCAAGAACGAUCCACCAAAGGCUUGUUCUUCUUUCAACGCUCAAGUUAUUAUCUUGAACCAUCCAGGUCAAAUUUCCGUUGGUUACUCUCCAGUUUUGGAUUGUCACACUGCUCACAUUGCUUGUAGAUUUGAUGAAUUGAUUGCCAAGAACGACAGAAGAUCUGGUAAGAAAUUGGAAGAUAAUCCAAAAUUCUUGAAAUCCGGUGAUGCUGCUAUGGUCAAAUUUGUUCCAUCUAAGCCAAUGUGUGUUGAAGCUUUCACUCAAUAUCCACCAUUAGGUAGAUUUGCUGUCAGAGAUAUGAGACAAACCGUUGCUGUUGGUGUCAUCAAAUCUGUUGACAAGACUGAAAAGGUUGCCAAGGUUACCAAGGCUGCUCAAAAGGCUGCUAAGAAAUAG